CGGUGGGCGGAGCCUGUGGCCGGGAGCGGCGGCGGAAGAUGGCUGCGGCGGAGGCGGCCGACAUCCAGCUGAUGCUCGGGAUCGGGCUGAUCGAAAAGGACACCAAUGGAGAUGCUCUGUGGGUGUGGUGUUACCCUUCCACAACAACCUCCUUAAGGAACCUGCUGCUCAGAAAAUGCUGUCUCACGGAUGAAAACAAACUUCUCCAUCCCUUUGUUUUUGGUCAGUACAGAAGAACAUGGUUUUAUAUCACAACAGUUGAAGUUCCAGAUUCUUCAGUUUUGAAAAAGGUGACUCAUUUUUCUAUUGUUCUGACCGCCAAAGAUUUUAACCCAGAGAAAUAUGCCGCCUUCACUAGGAUAUUGUGUAGAAUGUAUCUGAAAUACGGGACCACAGUUAAAAUGAUGGAAAGUUACAUUGCAGUUCUCACCAAGGGGAUUUGCCAGAGUGAAGAGAAUGGCUCUUUCCUUAGCAAAGACUUUGAUGCCCGGAAGGCGUACCUGGCAGGUUCCAUCAAAGACAUUGUAUCUCAGUUUGGAAUGGAAACUGUUAUCUUACACACAGCGCUGAUGCUAAAAAAACGAAUUGUCGUCUAUCACCCCAAAAUAGAAGCUGUCCAGGAGUUUACCAGGACUCUGCCUGCCCUGGUGUGGCAUCGACAAGACUGGAGCAUCCUGCAUUCUUACGUGCAUCUCAACGCUGAUGAACUGGAAGGCCUGCAGCUGUGCACAGGUUACAUUGCUGGCUUUGUGGACUUGGAGGUGAGCAAUAGACCAGACCUCUAUGAUGUGUUUGUGAAUCUGGCAGAGAGUGAAAUCACCAUCGCUCCACUUGCAAAAGAGGCCAUGACAAUGGGCAAGCUGCACCGAGAGAUCGGCCAGGUAAUUGUGCAGUCGGCUGAAGACCCGGAGCAGUCUGACAGCCAGGUUAUACAGGAUAUUGCUCUCAAAACAAAAGAAAUCUUCACCAGCCUGGCCCCGUUUUCAGAAGUUUCCGAUGAUGGAGGAAAAAUUGUCCUCAAUGUUGAGGCCCUGAAGCAAAAACGAUUCCCACCAGCAACAGAAAACUUCCUGUACAACCUUGCAGCUGCUGAGCGGAUGCUGCAGAUCUGACGGCCGCCAAAAGCUCUUCUUUCAUUCCCGUUGUCCGUUGACUUUGUAAAAUGUUGAAAUCACAGAGGAAAUGUUCUAUUUUUAAUGAUUGAUUUGGAAGUACUGAUAUUUGACCCGAGAAACACUGAAACCCAUGAAAACCAGUUGUGAUUUUCUCCCAGCAGAUUCCAUUCCUGCAGCCUGUGCUGAACAAAGGGCAGCACCUACUAUGGGUGACGUCAGGAAGCACCCGCUGUCCCCGAGCGGGGGACUGGCCGGGCCAGCCCCGCGCAGAAGGCCUUCAUCAUACGUUGUCAUCUGUGUUGCCAUAAAGAGGUUCUUUCCAGAAAGCUGCCUGAAAUUUUGCUUUGUGUUUUUCUGGGGAGAAUCCAAGUUCCUCAUGCGGAACACUGCCCUUUGUGAGUCAGAUUGCUACGUCUUCUGCAGAACUCUCUAGAAGAUCAUUUAAAAGACACUGCAGUUGCACUUUCUUAUAAAAGAAAAAAAAACUUUUUUUUCCUUGAGCUUUGAACAUUCUGCCUAUAUUUUGAGGGUUUUGCAUAGAUUUCAUACUUGAGACAACUCUAACACCCCAUAUUUAUAGUACCCCAGGAGUAAGUACUUGGCAGACUUAGCCUCUCAAGUUCUUAGGUAACCCCUACUGGCAGCAGUGUUCUUUGGAAGAGAUGCUAGUCCUUGGUAGGGUAGCAUAAGAAGACCUUUUGAAUAAAAACUGCAGGCCUGAAACAA